GGACAUGUAUUUCCAUUGUUAGAGCGGUUAAUCGAUUCUCUUGUCAAUAUAAUAGACAGUCUUUGUGUCAGUGCUGAUCAUAACAACAACCUUCCAGCUAGCAGCUUUGAGUUUGUCUUCCAUUUGAGAGUCAACAUUUAUUAGCGCCGUGUUAUUAACGACUGACGUAAUAACCGGACAUAACACAGAUCGUCAUUAUGCCUUCUGCUUGUGACUCCCUGAUCGAUGACAUUGAGGACAUGGUGUCAGCUGACGACCCGACUCCACAGGAGAGGCAGUAUGCCAGGAAGAGCAUCAUCCCCAGAGCCAGGAAGAGRAACACCCAGCAGACUACAGAGGUGCUGCAAGCCGACAGCGUAAUCCCUGGCAUGCAGAAGAUAUGGAUGAGGACAUGGGGCUGCUCUCACAACAACUCAGACGGGGAAUACAUGGCUGGACAGCUGGCAGCGAGUGGAUACAGGAUGACAGGUAGGAACCAGUGGGCUGUUCAAAUAGUUGGCCUCAAACAACAAAGUAUAAUAUGGUCAGUGUGAUGGGUGCGUUGGUUA